AUGAGUGGUAACGACGAUGGCGGGAUCGACUUUAAACUGUACCGCUAUACACCAUCUCUCGUCGCAGCGGUAAUCUUCAUUGUUCUGUUCACCCUAACAACGGCCUAUCAUCUCUGGCAAACUGUUCGCCCGAAAUGCUGGUACUUUCUAGUCUUUGUGACUGGCGGAAUUUUCCAGAUAAUAGGAUAUAUCUGUCGUGCACUGGCGCAUUCCAACAAGGAGUCCGUACCAAUUUAUGCUGUGGGGACUAUUCUGAUUCUUCUUGCGCCCCCUCUUUACGCUGCCUCUAUAUACAUGACACUGGGCCGCCUCAUCAGAUAUCUCGAUGCAGAGAAUUUAAGUCCGGUAUCUACCAAAUGGCUCACGACAAUCUUCGUCACGGGUGAUGUGAUCGCAUUCCUCGCACAAGGAACAGGCGGCGGAAUCAUGGCAAGCGGCACCGUCAGUGCGAUGAACACGGGUGAGAACGUCACCAUCGCAGGGUUAUGCGUGCAACUGGUGUUUUUCAGCGUCUUCAUCAUUGUGGCGACCAUCUUUCAUUACCGCAUUCGCAGGAAUCCGACGUCCAGAUCUGUUGGAACUUCCAUCUUCCCUCGCAAUUGGCGCGACGCUACCUGGGAGACUGUUAUGUUGGGGUUAUACAGCGCCAGCAUUCUGAUCCUCAUUCGGUCGAUCUUCCGCUUGAUCGAGUAUGCGCAGGGCAAUGAUGGGUACCUGAUUAGCCAUGAGGUAUUCAUGUAUGUGUUCGAUGCGGCGCUGAUGUUCAUCACUAUGGUGGGGAUGAGUUUGUUCCAUCCUUCGAAGGUUUUGAGUCCGUUGGCGAAGACGGAGGCGUCUUUAGACCGGUCCUAUACGAUGACCACUGAGCUACGCGAUGAGCCUGUAUGA